UCAGUCUACGACCGUUUGCCACGAGACUUCGAUCACAUCGGUCUUUCCUCGUCUCUCUCUUCCUCUCCUCCCUUCUUUUUCCCGCUUGGAGGACAGAAAGCAACUACCACCACCACCGCCACUCGACGCCGUCGACGCCGACGCCGCCGCCGCCACUAUCGCCACCACCACCGCCACUGUCACCGCCACCGACGACCGGAGAGACGCACGUAGUCUAAACGUGAGACUCGUACGGACGUUGUCGUCGUCCUCGCCGGUUGCCUCUUCGUACACUCUGUUUUUCGAGCCAGCCCUCCGGUUGUACAUCGACUUUGUCCACCGUCAAUCAUCGUCUCCGAUCAACGACAAAAAGGUACAGUGCAGUUAUCACGAUAUUUCACAACGAUCUGGUUUUUGCCGAGUGUUGAACAACAAGAACCAAAAUGGCAGCCUUCGUGGCGAAGCAGAUGGUCGGCAACAAGCUGAACGCGGUUAAAGGAGCCGUUGGUGGCGAAGGCGGAGACGAAGAUGACAAGGAGAAGGAAGAAGAGGCCGAAAGAGAAAGGCAAGAAGCCAUCAGGGAGGCUGAGGAACGAAGGAAGGAGAAGCAUCGCAAAAUGGAAGAAGAACGAGAGAAGAUGCGACAGGAAAUCAGGGACAAGUAUAACAUAAAGAAGCGAGAAGAAGUACAAGAAAUGACCCAAGAAGAGCCGAAUCCUUUGAUGCGCAAGAAGAAGACGCCAGAGGAAUUGGCUGCGGAGGCCGAGGCGGAAGACGAGGACGAGAUUACAAAAAUCAAGAACGUGUUCGACACGCAUAUACAAGAGUUCAAAGCGCAAGUACUGGAAGGUAAAUGCGACCUCCAAUAAGCCUACCUACACCCUUGAAGCGGUCGGUAAGGAGGGUGGUGCAUCAUGUGCUACCAGAGCCGCAUCCGCCUCUCAGCCCCUACGACAUCACGAGGAAGAGAACGAGCGAGAUCUGACGUGUCAUUGGAGAAGCGAAAGGAAAGAGCGAUACGAGAACUCGCUACCAGCGUCGUCGUCGUUGCCGUCGUAAUCGUCGUCGUCGUGUUGUUCGAGCGUAGAUCGAUUCGGAAUUCGAAUUGGCCAGUCGUCCCUUAGAGAGCGUCGAGAGAAGCGACAAUCGCUCGAGACACCGCAACCAACGCCCAUCGCCCGUCCUCGGUCCUCCAACGACCCAUCGAAUUAGAUUUUCUACGAGGGUACGCGCGGAACUAUCUUCCGAAACGAGCGCAUCGACCAAACAAGAGAAGAGUUACGAGCUUCGAUCAACAUUGCCAUCGUGUGAGAAGGACGUGUCAUCGUUGAGAACGAGUGGAUGGAACGAGACGAAUUCGACGGAUUAAAUAAGAGAGAUCAUCGUCGAUAGCGUUGUUAAUUGACUCGAGUGAUCUUGGAAAUUGAAGGCAGGGGAAGAAGGAAGCCGAGAAGAUCUAGAGAUUCGAAGCUCGGCGAGGAUCUAGGAUGUCGAUGGUGGAGCGACGAAUCCAGAUCAAUUUCACAAUCGACACAACCGGAGAAGAUCUACUAGAGACAUUACGCAUGAAAAUUCAUAGGGAAAAGAAACGAGGAAGACGAUGUUAAACGAGGACGAUGACGGGAUAAAGAAAACUGCGGCAGACGUGAGAACGUAGGAAGUAUGAGAUCGGCGAGAGUUCGUUUACGCCUUACGAUUCGAAGAAGGAAGAAGGACAGAGACGAUCGAAGUUAAGAAAAGAAGAAAAUGCAAAGUAUAAGAUCCGUGAGAAUUCGUAUAUGCGUUACGAUUCGAAGAAAGAAAAUGAAAUAUCGGAAAGAAAUCUCGGCAAGAAAUAAGACGGGACGUAAAAAACAGAGAGAGAGAGAGAGAGAGGGAGAGAAAGGAAAAUGAUUGGAUCGAUCAAAGUCUCUUCGGAUAUCGCACGAAUAUCAUGGCGUAAAUGAGACGUGAGCAGUCGAAGGGCGCGUGCAUAUAAAUAUACCUAUAUAUAUAUAUAAAUAUAAAUAAAGAAAUAUAUUAUAUAUAUAUAAAUAAGAAAAAUGAAAGAAGUAAAAAAAAAGACAUAAAAACUUAGUACCUAAGUUUCUAGCGAAUUUUUCGAAUAGUGGUAAAAAAAAAAAAGAUGAAAUUACCGGUAGCAGAGUUACGUAGUCACUAGUUCGUUCAACGGCUGUUCAAUAACAAGGAGAUCAGAAAGGAGGGAGUCAUUAUUAUUAUUCGAGUUAUGAAUUAUUCUCAUAGUUUAUUACCGCGGUCAUUGUUCUUAUUAUUGUUGCCAUUAAAUGUUUAUAUUUAGAAACAAGUUAAGACAAGGAUCGAGGGCCACGAGAAACUAGAGUCAAGAGACCAAGAGCUGAACGCAAGACGGAGAUGGAUUGCUGAGAGAGAGAGAGAGAGAGAAACGAAGAGAAAAAAAAAUUAACACAGGAAACGAGUAAUGAGAAAAAACAAGUGUAACCGGCGGCCCUUGCUCUCCCUUCCGUCCAAAUUCGAAUUUUUUCCGAUUACCUCUCGGCGAUAUAGCUCGAUCGCGAUCGAUCCGUAGUGAAACGCGUAACACCUGAGCGAUUCUUAGGGACACUUAGUUAGGGGACACAUUGCCGACAAAAGUGACGAAAAAAUAUAAAGUGGUUAUUAGACCAAAAAAAAGAAAAAAAAAAAGAAAAAACGGAAAAAAUCGACAAAACGAGAAAACAUUUUAAAUGCGCGCUUCGUUAAGAAUAGCUCGACGAAUCGAGCAGCACUGACUCUCGCGUUUAAAUGCAAACAAAUAAGAAAAAAAGAAAAAAAAAGUACUAAAGAAAUGCCUUUCUUUCACGUUUAUACGGUGCGUUUCUAUCGAGUGUAAUUAUAUAGUAGGUUAAUUGUUAGAGAAAGGAAGAGAAAACUGAUUUAUAUGUUCGCUCGUGAACGAUCUUAGAACAGGAUAGAGAAGUGUCGCGAUUCGACGAUCGAGACUGUUCUUAGCAAGGAGUUUUCAGGUGUUACCGCCGGAAACGUUCGAGCAAAGUAGCCAUUGUUUCAUCCUUUCUCGAAGCGGUUCACCGGUCUUUCAUCGUGCUUGUUCGUCCGCGACAAACACGUUGUGCAUGAUGGACGACGCGUAAACGAUGAUGGACGGGAUGGACAGAGCAUCGACUGCCGGCAAGUAACGCGAGCCUUAUACAUAUACAGAAUUAACAAGAAACUAAAAAAUGCUCACGCACGAUACCAUUGCGAUAUACUUAGAGACUAAUUGGAAACAGGGGGAUGAAAGGUAUGAAGGAAACAUUUCGUUGAGCAAGCAAACGUUUCCUAUUCCUUCGAUCGGAGGAUCUACGUUUAAUGAAGAGACUGAGAAGAUAACUCUGUUUAAAUUAAAAUGUAUCUUGUAACAUAGAUUCUUGCGUAUAUGUCGUAAAACGUUCUGAGUUGGUAUAUGUAUAGGGCGGAUAAUGCCAGACGAAGCUGCGACGGAGAAUGAAAGCACGAAGAGGAAGAACGUGCCAUUUAACGCGUGAUGUGGUUUUUUGUAUGAGUGACGAGAUGAUACGAAAGUGUACUUUUUUUUAUGUUCGAUAUCGUUCCUCGUUCUGGUACCGAUCUAUAUAUUCUUAUACAUCUUCUUCUUAUCUAUCGAGUCUUCUCAAAAUCUCUCAAUUGAUUCUGACUCUGAAGCAACGGCUAUCCUCUGAUUUCUUUGCGACUUCGCGAUAUAUUCUCCUAACACGCGCUCUAUCAUACUUGAUCACUCGGAUUAGGAAAACAUUUCUCGACGAUAUGCCGCAAUACACGCGAAGAAAGAUCUAUCGGGUGUCGGGAAAAAAAAAGAACUCCAAUUGCUCGGACGAAGAGAAAUUAGAAAGAAGCAGAUGAAGCAGGAUCCGACGGGAGAAGAGAAAAGAUUGGAAAAAGCUUUCCUCGUCUCAUCGAGAUAAGUGUGUUACAUUUAGGACCGCGUCCCAGUUGAAAAAGAACAGGCAACUUAAACGUCAGUCGAAAAUGAGAAGUCGGAAGGCCUUCUGUCCAAACGUUUUGCUAUAGAGACGAACGCAUGUCAGCUUUCUAUGUGCACUCUGCUGUUUCUCGAUGUAUAAACGUAACGCGACUCUUCUAGUCGACGAUUAUCAGUCGUUCCGCAAGCACGUUCACGGAUCUUUCCCGUUUGCCAAACUCCGCGACGUAAAUUCGACCAUCGAAAAGGCCAGCACGCCAGCCUUAACUUUGCCAGAAACUUUCCUCGAAAUUCGAUAAUAUCGUCGAUACUUUUUCGAACUUUGAAUCUCGGGUGAAUGUGAGCAAAGAAUAAUUUACGAUAUUAAAAAUUUCCAAACUUUUAACGAUUUGCUAUUUUAUCGGUAGUGUCGUUAUCGAUUUUCCUCGAACCAAGCGAUUUCUCGAUCGCUAAAUUCUUCAAACGAGCACGAAAGAAGUAAGAUGUCGCGCCGGGAAGAAAUUCAACGAACGGCUUCCUUGCUCGCUGUCCGAACUUUUGGAAAACCGCCGCGCGCUCCGCUACUUUCUCCUGUCUCAAUGUCGUAAAAUACCUCUUGGCAGCUGUUCGUCCGCGAAAAACAAACCGACAACUUUUCCAAUGUUUCCAGUGUUCGGCUGUAUAUCCCUUCGACCAGAAUUGCGAAUAAAGUUUCAGCGGAGACUUAAGGCUGGCGCGAUCGAGCACACAGAUUCGAUUUUAUGCCUUCCUUUGUUCUUCUUUUUUCUUCUCUCUUUCCCUUUACCUUAAUCGUUUUCAAUAAAAAGAAUGACCGAGGAGACGUUAUAUCGAUCGCGUCUUUUUGCGAAGCCACGGCGAAUUUUAAUCGUCGGACGCGGCGGAACGAGACAACUGAGAAAAGAACGCGAAGCGGACGGGACGUGCUUCGAAUCUGAAUCUACUUGACGUGUAGUCUCUCUCGUGUCUCAACGUGCAUGCUACUUGCCUCUCUCUUGUCUGUCGAUGUCAAUGUCGAUGUCGUUGGUUGGAUCUUCUCUUAUCACGCGUGAGAUCUUCGAGGAUCACUCGACCAAAGAUAGAGUUCAAACUAGAACGUGUAUUUUGCUACCUGAGCCGAACGCUGACGAAGAAAGUACAGAAGAUUAUAGUGCGACAUAUCGCGAUGAUUUUCGAAGAUCCGCAGACUCGCAUUCUUUCUCUCUGUAAACGAUCGAUCCACUAGAUGGAAACGCUUUAAAAGUACCUAGAACGAUUUUACUCUAAUCCUCCUUGUUCCUUCAAAUUGCGCCCAUUUCCUGCGCGUCCAGGCAUCCUGAACCGACCGAAUUCAACAGAAAUAAUAACCUGUCUCGCAUAUUCUAAUCCUUCUGCGCGAUCUACUCGAUAUACACUUGAAGUCAAUUACUCAAUUAUUAACCCAAAGAUGUAUACAUUAUAUUAUCUAUAUUUAUUCUAGAGAAUAUAUGCUCGUACGUUCUUUUCUUUUUUUUUUUCCUUUUUCUUUUGGCGAAUUUUCGAUACGAACGUGAACACACCAAGUUAAAUAACCAGUCGAUGGAAAGCACGAUUUCGGUGUAGAAGAAGACGAGUUUCAGCGUAGCUCGAAGCGAAAUGUUUUUAGAGACAGACCGUUCUUAUGAUUACGAUUAACAGGAGAAAAAAUAAUUAAUUGGACAUCAAAUUAGCCAGACAACUUCGAACGACAGCAGUGUAUAGCUCAUAGACUGUUUUCCUAUUCCCCACGCUCUCUUUAACUAUUUCUGUACCUCCCUCCCUCUCUCUUUCUCUCUUGCUCUUACUAUUUUGCUGUCAUCUUCUGAUCGUAACAAGUUUUCUCUCCGCCUGUCGUCUUAUAGCCCCUUUGCUCGAUGUAUCUCCUACGCUACGCUCGAUUGUUCUCUUUGAAGUCACGACUACUUAAUGCAUGUGUCACGUAAAAACGAACGAAUAAAACGAAUACAAAAAAAAAGAACAUAAUAUCUUACUGUCGUAACCGUUACUGUUGAUUAAUGUCGUGUGUCGUUGUUGUUUCUCGAUGUGAUCAACAUAAAACGUUGUUCGAUGUACUGUCUAGUCAAUGUUGACGCUCUAGUCUCAAUAGUUCGUCUUUUUUCCUUUCUUCUGUCUUAUACAUACAUAUUGCGUUACAUGUUGUUCAAGCUUUCUGUGUAAGAUUCAACGAUCGAUUAAAAGCUUUCUGUGCCAUUUAAUUCGAUGUAGUUUAAUUUGAGCGUAAGCAAUGCUUAGCAAAGAUAAUUUUUUGUUCGGUUGGCGUGCGUGAAAUGGCUGAUUUCAUAGAUAGCUAGGACUAAAACUAUCGUUAAAUAAUUUUGACGUUUAUAUAUGAUUCAUAUGAUACGUUAUAUUUAUAUGAUAUAUCAUACGUGACAUUUGUUAUUCAAUUUUAAAUUUCACGCUAAUUAAACGCAACGUGAUACUCUGUCGAAGACGGAUCAUGUGUCAAAUCGAAUCACGAAGUAACAUCGAAUUCGAGUGCGUUCUUUGUAAAACUUUUUGCCAUAUUUAAAUUGCCAUAAUCUUAGCUUCCUUUGACAUUGACUACGUUUAAUCGUAAUAUGAUUAAUAUUAUUUUCAAUCGGUUAAGAAAUCCGCCAUUUUACUUGAAACGACUUAGCGUAAGUUCCUAUGAAACUUUCAAUUUAUAUUUCAAACUUUCGUUUGCGAGAGAUCUUCGCGUAUUCUUGUAUUCGAUAAUCCGUGAAAUUUAGUUCAGGCCAUUUACCGACGAUUUUUCACCAGCGUAAACGUUCAUCCACCAGUUGUCGCGUGUAUGCGUGCAAAACACGAACACAAGUUGUUGAAACGCGACAGACGAAAAAGUGCAGUUCCCCUCGAAAGUCGAAAUGUUCGACUGUGUUCGAAACCAACGAGACAAGAGUAAUCCGGUGAUAUGCCAAGACAUAAUCUACGCGUGACAAUCUUCUGUGAUUCUCGCUAUAUGGAAGGAAAAAUAACGCGGUCCGAGAAAUAAAAAGGAAGUAAGAACAGAGAAUGGAUUUUCAGAGAAAUGGAAAAUGUAUCAGUCGCGUGAAUACUCUCCAGACUUUCUCUUGUUCUUUGAUUCUUUUCAUCUUUUCCAUUGGUACGGAACUGUUGAUCCUCGAUCUCCUUAAUUCCCUUUAACGAGUGUUUUUCCACUUCCACUUUGCACACGCACCUAACAUCGCACGAUUCUAGGCGAUUUAUCGCUCUAUCCUUCGCAUCCUUUACCUGAAGCCACCCUAAGCCUGUAAGCGGCACGUGGCAAGUGAUAUAAACGAAUACUUAAAUCUACUUAAUUCGUGUUUCAUAGACGACCGUAAUCGUGAAGAUAAAAAAAAAAAAUGAACAAAGGAUUGAAUAAAAAAAAGAAAAAAACAGAGAAUCUAGCGACUCGUGUCUGUUUUCGACGUGACACCCUCGAACGUAGCGUUCUAUCAAAGAGACGGAUGAGCCAACGAAAGUUGCUGGUAAUUGACGAUCUCGGUAAAUCUGACUGUAAUUAGAAAGUAUAAUAUCGUAGUACUCGCUAGCAAAGUACAAUUGAUCCGUCGAAACGAGACACGCGUGCAAUUAUUAUGUAAAAGAUAGUUGACGAACCUUUCUUAGGUACUUAAUUAUCGGGCGAAUGUUUCAAGCAGGACAAACCGAAGAAAUCAGAAAGAAUGUAACGCGUUAGGUACGAUAUGCGCCGAAACGUUUAAGAUUAUACGACAAAUGUAACGUUCUUUUCUUCAUGUACAUAGUCUCGCGUAUAACCUAGACCUGCGUUUAGUAUAACCGAGAAAGUUUUUGUGAUGGUUUCGUUCUACGUAACCGCGUCAAGCGAAAAGGAUGAACGGAAGACGAGAUGUCUCCUGGAAGCUCGGGACACCGUUCGUGUCCCAAUUUUCAAAUCCGAGCGUCCGAUUUUUGCUCGAGCCAGGGAAAUCCGUAAGGAACCAAAAGGGUGAGCACGGAAGGUGUCCCGAAGUUCGAGGACGGAGGAGAUUAAUACCGGCGUAACUCGCGAGGAAGAACCGACUUAACUUAUUCAGAGACAACGACACAACGCAUUAUAAAGUAAUAAUGAUAACUUAUCGUUAAAUCAACGUACUAUUGUUAUGAUCUCUUACAUUAUGAUGAUGAUCUCGACGACGAGACGAUUGCAUAAUGUAAAACGCGUUCGCACGUGUGUUUUUUCAAUGCGUUCACAAGAAACAAAGUACGAACUAACGUUGUAAAACGGUAAAUGUUAGACGAUAAGCGAGAGAAAAUACCGUUCAAACACACGUAACAUCUACACACGGAGAAACGUUCGAAAAGAAAUAAAAAGAGGUAAAUAAAUAAAGCUAAAUAGAAGGUAAAACAGGAGAAAAUCACGAUGUUAAGUAAGUAGUCGUUAGCUUUGUAUACAAGGGAGUGCAGAACAAAGACGAAGACGACGUUAAAGGGAAAGAGAAAGGGAGAGCUUCGAUAAUUGGAGAGUCCCGAGGCGAAAAGAUACACACGAAAAACGGUACUUUUCAGCAGCUGCCAUUCGACGAGAGGUUCGUGUACCACCAUCUUCGAGCGGACUUGUGCGAUUUUUUGGAUAGAGAUUCCGUGAACACGGUACUUACUGGCUGUCGCUCGAUCCUGGAAAACUCGAUUAUGUUGCACGCUAAUCGCAAAAGGAUGAUUUCGUCGCACAGAACAUUCUCUCGCGACAUUCUCUCCGACGCUAAAUCCAAUUUACUUUACACAGAUGCUAUAAAUUCUUGUUGGCAAAAAAUUUCAAACCGUUUCCAUGUUAUCGGCGACGAGCGUGUGAAUAAUUUAGACAAAGCGACUCCCGACUCAAAUUGAAUGUUGGUGUCGCUCGAGACCUAAGGUCGUUUGAAAUCUCCUUUAGAAAUGGAAAUAAAAAUGCGAAUCGGCUAACUCGCUCCAGGAACGAGCGCACGAUCCAAAAACAAAGGGGGCUGCAAUACACGCGUAUUCUAUUUUUCGAUCGUUAUUCCCGGCGAUUCGAGUAACAGCUUGUUUGACCGUGUUGCGACAUCGCGACGUGUACGUAGAUCACACCUGUACCGUGCCCGGUAUCUUCGUAAAUUCGUUGAAUCGAGAAGCAAUACUAUAGAUGCCUAUAAUUACUAAUGUUAUACGUUUCUUACAACAACAAAAUAAAAAAAAAAGAAAGUUGAAAAAGGAUUAGAGAAAAACUCGCGUACACAUGCACAUCAGACACUGUAUAUGUAUUUAAGGAUCAGAGUUACACAAGCACACCGCGCGAUAACGAAACGAAAGGGAAGGGAACAUCGAUGCCCAUCUCGUCGAUGUUUCUUCGUACGAUCGGCGCGAAAAAAUAGAAAAAAAUGAAAAAAAUACAAAAAAAUAAAAAAGAUAUGAAAAUAUGUUACUCUCAACCUUGAACUCGAAACUCUGUAAUUGCGACGCGUACGUUCACACAUCGAUCUCUGUGUAAUUUUAUAUUUCGACGUUCGAAGAUGCGAAGCACUUUUAGCUGCAUGCAACGACCAAUAAUUAUCGUAAUCGUUAAUCGUGUAGAGCUGCACCGAAAAUAGAGGAACGAUUUAAAAGGAAGGGUUAAACGUGGAGGAAAGAAGGGAAUAAAAUGAGGAGAAAACUGAAAGGAAGGAGAAGGGCAUAUGGAGUCGUUCGAAAUGCCCAAAAAUCGCACGAAGCUUGCUCGGCAGAUAAGAAAAGCGGGUUCGCGGAGAACGUACGAUGAAGUAUAGCAUCGAAGAGGGGAAUAGUAAAAGAUCUCUUGUAUGAGUUAUAGAACGCUUAGUGGCUGAAUCGCUGGAACACGAAUGGAUUGAUUGUUAAGAAUGAAAUAUUAAUGUAACAUGCGAAGAAGAGAAUAAGUAACGCCGGAUGGUGGAUGAUGAUGAUGAUAAUAUUAUAUAUUGUUGUUAGAUCAUGUAUAAUAUAUAUACACAUAAACAUUGAUAUAAAAAUAAAGUAAUCUAGAUAUUAAGCGACCACUUAUUCACACGUUACAUAAACACAUACGUACACGUACCCUGUGCACAUGAAAGUUAACCGUUUAUUUAGCGAAUUAAACGACUACGCAAAAAAAAAACGCAAGAAGAUUCUUUUUAAAUCGUUUCUUUUGCCAUUUCGAAAUUACCGUUUCGGCAUUUUAUUCCCUGUGUGAUAAUCGAAAUCUUUUUUUUUCACCACGGAGAUUUCCUCGAAGACUAACGUACAGUACCGAAUAAUUAUUCGAACGAUACAUCCUUCGUGUUUCGUUUAAUUUCAAUUACGAGCGCUAAAUAUAACGAGCGUUUCUUUAUUUCUAUCUACGAUUAUUUCUAGAAACGUUGAACGCUAUUCCAUAUUAUACUAUUGACUAAAAAUUGUGCGUUAGAUUUAAGUUGUUCAAGAAACUUUAAACUCCAAAAAGAUUUAAAUUGUUAAAUAUCGACUUGAAAUUGGAAACUUCAAAAUUAAAUUGACAAACUUUUAUUCGAAUUCUUAAAUUAAAGAAAAAUUAGAAUUAUUCCUCUAACUAAUAAUUCGAACAUUUAUGACGGAUAACGUACAUACACGGAAAAUCGAUCUCGGAGAUUGAUGCGUAGCCGUGUGAAAUUUUCAAAUAGGUAAAACGUUUGCCCGUGCCAAAUAAAAGGUUAAUAGAGGUGCGAAUACAGAUCACAGGCACCGUUCACACACAUGCAGGAACACGACACGACAGGACACACGAUUUCGUAGCUGUACCCGUGAGCAUCCCCCGUCAAACCAAUCCCUGGGCAUGGUCUCGGCUCUUGGUUACGCGUAAAAAAUGCAUAGAGUCCUAUACUCUCUAUUCGUCCCUCCUCUUGACCCUUGAAACUACGGCAGAAGAAAAGAAAGCGAGUCGAGGCUUCUUUAGGUCGCGUCACUCGUCCCUCUUUCUUCUCGAUAGAAAGGAAAGAAAAUUUCAAGUAUCAAAUAGGAGGCGACAGCCACGAAUCAGAGUCGAAAGCUUGUACGAAACGAGAAACGAAGCGGGGAUAAAAUCAAAAAUGAGAAAAGAGAUGGAUAAUCGAGCUUUCCUCUUCCUACGUUGUACGAGAGAUUCACGGCGUUUCUUUUGGCUUUCACGGCGGAAGAGAUGAAACACAAAUUGCGAGAAAAACAAACGAGGAUUAAGAAAAAGAAAAAAAAGUAAAAAAAAAAAAUGAUAAAGCAUGAAGACGAUUUUUAGGGGCGCGCCUCGUCGUUAUAGCUCUUAAUACGAUAGUAAUAUUACGAGUAAUAAACAAAAGUGAAUUAAUCAGAAUAUGCGUUUAUGUUAUUUAGUUCUAAAAAAAAUGAAAAAAUGUAAUAAAAGUCAAUCGUGUUACCAA